AUGUUCGCUCUUGUUACUCGAUUCAAUGCCGAUUCAGAUCCCAUCAAGGUAAAUUUGGCGCCUGGUACCUACAAAGAUCCGGAAGGCAAACCGUGGGUAUUACCUGCAUUACAGAAAGCAGCUGAGAUACUGCUCGACACCCCAACAUACAAUCACGAAUACCUUGGGAUUCAAGGACACUUGGAGUUUCUUCGGCUCGCCGCGCAACUCACACUGGGCUCAUCUGUUUCAGCUGUCGCUUCCUUGCAGACGGUUGGAGGAACAGGGGCAUGUCACAUCGGCGCUGUGUUCCUGAAGAAAUUAUAUGACCAUACCAACAAACCUUUGCAAGUGUUCAUCUCAGACCCAUCGUGGGAGAAUCACCAUGCCGUCUUUCAGCACGUAGGUCUGCAGACCCGCACUUACUCGAUGUACGACACUCAGACAAAGGAACUCGAUUUCGUGGCGAUGAAGGCGACGAUCUCGGCGGCUCUCGAGGGGAGCGUGAUAGUGCUGCAUGCCUGCGCCCACAACCCUACAGGAUGUGAUCCAUCCCCAGAGCAAUGGGAUGAACUCGCGCUACUGUUCAAAGAGCGUGAACUCAUUGCGUUCUUCGAUAGCGCUUAUCAGGGCUCCAUCGAAACGUUCCUACGAGGUGACGUCCAGCUACUCGUGGCCCAGAGCUUCUCCAAGAAUGCUGGAAUGUAUGGGGAGCGGUUAGGUGCUCUUCAUGUCCCUUGCCCGACAUCCCGAGCCGCGGAUCACGUUGUCGACAUUCUCAAAGCCAUUACUCGACGCGAGAUUUCAACCCCACCACGGUUUGCGGCCGAUCUGAUGACCAUCGUCAUGAGUAAUCCUGAGCUAUUCCAGGAAUGGACAGAAGACAUCAGAACAAUGAGUAACCGACUCAGUGACAUGAGAAAAGAACUUGUGGAAACGUUGAGAAGGCUGGGAACUCCAGGCGAUUGGACGCACAUCACCAAGCAGAGAGGAAUGUUCUCGUUCACCGGAUUGACUGCUGCGCAAACUCGCUAUCUUACAGACCGGUGUCAUAUCUACCUUCCUCCCAGCGGCCGACUGAGCGUGACGGGCCUGACAAGACUCAAUAUGGGAUAUGUUACAAAGUCCAUCGAUUUCGCAGUGCGAAACAUAAGAGAAUGA